AGAACGUUAACAUUCGGAAGUUUCCAGGUUCCAAACUUGUGCUACCUUAAAUCCAUGAACUGAGUGACUCCAGCCCGCUGACAUGGCUGUAGACUGGCUUGGGUUCAGCUAUGCUGCUCUGGUGUCAGCAGGAGGAAUCAUGGGUUACGUGAAAGCAGGCAGCGCUGCCUCCCUGGCUGCAGGGCUUUUGUUUGGCCUGCUGGCUGCCGUCGGUGCUUAUCUGGCAUCUCAAAAUUCCAAGAAUGUCUGGCUUUUACUAGGAACCUCGGGAACUCUGGCUGUGGUGAUGGGACUGAGAUUUCUGAACUCAUGGAAGUUCAUGCCAGCUGGCUUAAUGACUUUAGCCAGUGGACUAAUGCUGGUCAAAAUCAUCACUGGAAUGCAGAAGAAACCACAUAAAUGAAAAAAUGGAAAAUAUCUAAAUAUACAUUUUCUGUGUGUACACAUUUUUGACAUUGAAAAAAAUACGUAUAAUUUGUGCUCCCAUGAACUCUUCUUGCACAAACAUUUCCUUGAUGUGGUUUUCUAAUACAAUCUGCUUCUGUAU